GUCGUCCCGGAAGAAGACAGUUUGUAUUUCCGGUGUGAGGAAAGUGGCACUGCUUGCCUGUGGUUGCGGUAUGUGAAUGGGUACUUGUUAAGUAGGUUGCUGGUUAAAGGAGUUACAGAAAUAGCUUUCUGCACUGAAGCAUUGCUGAUUCCUGGUGAGCUCUUCUAGAUUUUGGUACAUCUUAAUGGACAGAGUGACCAAAACUACAUAGGUAUAGCCGAGUUUGAUAAACCCUCUGGUGUCAUCAGCAUGCCUGUGAAGAAGAAGAGAAAGUCCUCAGGCUCCGAAGAAUCUGCUCUCAAAAAGUGUAAAAUUACCAGUUUUUGCAGGACACAGAUGCCCAGCAGACUGAUCAACCCGGAAGACCACUUUUCCAGUAAGAAGUGCCAAUCCUGGUUCUACGAGUAUGCGGGCACAGAUGACGUUGUUGGCCCAGAGGGUAUGGAGAAGUUCUGUGAAGACAUUGGUGUGGAACCAGAAAAUAUCAUCAUGUUAGUUUUAGCCUGGAAGCUAGAAGCACAGAAUAUGGGAUUUUUCACGAAAGAAGAGUGGAUUAAAGGCAUGACCUCACUGCAGUGUGAUCAGCCUGAGCGGUUACAAGGAAAGCUAGAUUACUUGCGCUCCCAGCUGAACGACCCCGUCACGUUCAAGAACAUCUACAGAUAUGCCUUCGACUUCGCGCGGGAUAAGAAUCAACGCAGCCUGGAUAUGGACACGGCAAAGUCCAUGCUAGCUUUAAUUCUCGGAAGGACGUGGCCCCUCUUCCCAGUUUUCCAUCAGUUUCUGGAGCAAUCAAAAUACAAAGUCAUGAACAAGGACCAGUGGUACAAUGUCUUAGAGUUCAGCAGGACCGUGAACACGGACCUCAGGAAUUACGACGAGGAUGGAGCAUGGCCAGUGCUAUUGGACGAGUUCGUGGAAUGGCAGAAGGCCCGGCUGGCGGUUUAGCAGGGGCAUGUCCGAGGAAGCGGCGGGUGUGCCGAUGGCAGACGUCCCCCCCAGACUCCAGCUACAAUGCUUCACAUCCGCCGUGCAGCCCAUUGAAAAUGGACUUUGACAGUGUUAAUUUAAACUAAAGGGGAUUCAGUUGUGUGUCCCCAUCUGUGCUGGCGGUUAAGUGCCCAGUGUUGAAGGAUGCACUGGGUCUCUGUUAGGGUUUCCUUUGUCUUACCUCAUUUAUAGUGUUUUCAGAGUAAGAAUAAAAGACUGGAGAUGUA